AUGAGGUCAAACUGCCACGGUUACCACCCACGGAAGAGAAGGGGAUGGGCUCCCAAUCUGACAGCCAAUGGCAUUGUAUUGCGGUUAAUGCGAGACGAUGGAAAGGAGGAUGCAAAUGGCGAGGCUCGGACGAGUGAGUGGAAUUUCCCUUCCACUCUGAAGAGCGGCAUGUGUCACGAGGAUCCUUGGCCUUUCGAGCAUACCUCCAACAAACACGAAGCAUGGUCCCAAGUCAAGACUGGUCUCGACUCCUCAUCAAGUUUUCUCGGCACCGAACAUCCUUCCGUUUGA